CUGACUGCAUAUCAUUUCCCUGUUGUUCAGGUUGUGGCACACUACGAGAGAGCUGUACUAUUCCGGCUAGGACGUCUCGUGUCCGCGACUGCUCAAGGUCCGGGACUCAUCAUUGUCCUUCCCUGUUUGGAUCGUUAUCGGAUACUGGAUUUGCGCACAUUCACCUUUGAUGUACCCACACAGGAAGUACUCACCAAGGAUUCGGUCACGGUGGUCGUGAACGCGGUUGUCUACUAUCGGGUACGGGAUCCGGUCCGAGCGGUGGUCAAUGUGGAAGAUGCGAAUCGUGCAACUCGUGUGUUGGGACAAACCACACUGCGCAAUGUGUUAGGUACGGUGAAUUUGGAUCAGCUACUCACCGCGCGGGAGGAUAUUGCGGCCUUAAUGCAGGAAUGCCUUGACUCUGUCACUGAGGCUUGGGGUGUCAAAGUGGAACGUGUGGAAAUCAAGGAUGUACGAUUGCCUAUUCAACUGCAACGCGCCAUGGCCGCCGAAGCCGAGUCCGUGCGAGAAGCGACGGCCAAAGUGAUUGCCGCGGAAGGAGAAAUGCGCGCAUCUGGUGCACUGAAAGCUGCCGCUUUCGAGAUCAAACAACAUCCGAUCGCAAUGCAACUACGCUAUUUACAAGCAAUGAGCAGUAUCUCAUCGGGCAAAGAGUCGACCAUUAUUUUUCCCGUCCCCUUGGACCUUUUGUCCUUUUUCCGGGCUGCACUAAACGAGGAUCCGAGUAAAGGUCAAUCACCUCUGAUCUUGAAUGAACAUCUUAUGUCAGAAAUACAUGCCAGUAUAGAGAGUCUGCAAGCCGCAGCUGCGCUCAGUGCCUCGGGAACGGAUACGAGCGAGAAACGGUUGAUCGACUUUGAGUCUAUUGAAGAUACGAUGGAUCAGAAUUCCCAAAUCGUAUGA